GCACCAUUGCGACAACCAUGAAUCAGUCCCGUUUUCAUUCUACCAUUUAUUCUAGAAUACCAUUCGGUCGAAGACAUCUCUUAAGCCUACCAUAGUAUGUGUAGUUUAACAUAUCUUUUCAUCAUAGCAAUAUUUCACAAUGAUAACCAGUAAUUCCAGGCAACGCCGAGAAGCAUUUUGUCGAAGAGCAAAAAGACGCGACGCAACCUUACGCUUGCUCUAUACUGGGGAAGUCCACGGGAGCCAGCAGAGCCAGCAGGGUUGGGCAGACAUGCCGUCGACCAUAACAUUCAAUACUCAACAUAUCAUGAGCCGAAACGAUAACCGGUACGGACAGCAUUUGCAGCCGACAAUCGUACCUCAAACUCUAGCCCCGGCACGUAUUUUCGAACACGCUUCAUUUUCACGCGCCCCGGCUGCACGACCCGCCAACGGUGUCGAGAUCUAUGGCCUAGCCCUUGGGACUUGUUUCCUCGCAUUACUUCUGGGAUGGAUUCUCCUCGCAGUUGCGCGGGAGACCUUCCACUUUUUCCAUCGCGGUGCGAAUGCACCUAAUCAAAGGGCGGACCCAGAAAGCGGUUACAUCUCAGAACGCCAAACACUUGAGGAGAGCGGGUCAUUCCUUUCCAACUUUAGGAAUGUGUCAUCGGAAGCAGAAGAGCUUAUCAAGUCAGCGCAACGGGCGAGCGUUAAUGUUGCUACGCUGCUCAAGAGGGAUAUGGGUGAGCUCAGGAGAAAGGCGCAUUCCGCACGACGCCGAGUUGACGAGGAAGAAGCCCUGGACGACACGGGAGGAGUUAGAACUAACACGAAAUGCUCUUUUUUACCCAAGACGUAACAGACACAGAAUGUGAUGUCUGCAGAAAGGAGGAGCAACGAAUUCAGCGCAGGAGGAAUUAUCGCGGUAUCCUACACCUGUUUGAGGGAUCAGUAGAUGUUGAAGAUGAAUUAUGAAGGCUCUGGUACUCUCAACAACAUCAGUAUGGGGACUUGAGCGCAGAUAGCACGGGAAUCUGGCUAGAGAAGAACUUUCCAACGGCCUUCUAGGGUUUCUGCUGGUUAAUGGUAUAUGA